UCUGUGGCGUUUACCUCUCCGCGGCCAGCCUUCACGAUCCCCCCCCUUGUCCCCUCCAACAUGGCCACGCUGCUCACCUCAACCCGCUUCACGGAUGAAUACCAGCUCUACGAGGAACUCGGGAAGGGCGCCUUCUCCGUGGUGCGGCGCUGCGUGAAAAAGUCCACGGGGCAGGAGUACGCCGCCAAGAUCAUCAACACCAAAAAGCUGUCGGCCAGAGAUCACCAGAAAUUGGAGCGAGAGGCAAGAAUCUGUCGUCUGCUCAAACAUCCAAACAUAGUUCGACUCCAUGACAGCAUCUCAGAGGAAGGCUUCCAUUACCUCGUCUUUGACCUGGUGACUGGCGGCGAGCUGUUUGAGGACAUCGUCGCCAGAGAAUAUUACAGCGAGGCAGACGCCAGCCACUGCAUCAAUCAGAUCCUGGAAAGCGUGAGCCACAUCCACCAGCAUGACAUCGUGCACCGGGACCUGAAGCCGGAGAACCUCCUCCUGGCCAGCAAGAUGAAGGGAGCGGCAGUGAAGCUGGCUGACUUCGGCCUGGCCAUCGAAGUGCAGGGGGACCAGCAGGCCUGGUUCGGCUUUGCAGGAACUCCAGGCUAUCUGUCGCCAGAGGUGCUGAGGAAGGACCCGUACGGCAAGCCAGUGGACAUAUGGGCAUGUGGCGUGAUCCUGUACAUCCUGCUGGUGGGCUACCCUCCCUUCUGGGACGAGGACCAGCACAAACUGUACCAGCAGAUCAAGGCUGGAGCGUACGACUUCCCAUCUCCAGAGUGGGACACGGUGACACCCGAGGCCAAGAAUCUGAUCAAUCAAAUGUUAACCAUUAACCCCGCCAAAAGGAUUACGGCCGACCAGGCCCUCAAGCAUCCUUGGGUCUGCCAACGCUCCACCGUGGCUUCCAUGAUGCACCGGCAAGAGACCGUGGAGUGUCUGCGCAAGUUCAACGCCAGGAGAAAACUCAAGGGAGCCAUCCUCACCACGAUGCUUGUGUCCAGGAACUUCUCUGUGGGACGGCAGCACACCAGCCCCGCCGCCACCACCAGCACCGCCGCCAUGGCGCAGGAAGCUUGCAAAACCUUGUUAAACAAAAAGUCGGAUGGCGUCAAGAAAAGGAAGUCCAGCUCGAGUGUUUGUUUGAUGGAAACGCAGACCACUGUCGUGCACAACCCAGCUGACGGUACCAAGGGCUCGACGGAAAGCUGCAACAAUGCCGAAGAGGAGGAGAUGAAAGGCCGCAAACAGGAGAUCAUUAAGAUGACCGAGCAGCUGAUUGAAGCCAUCAACAAUGGCGACUUUGAGGCUUACACGAGAAUCUGUGAUCCGGGUCUGACCUCCUUUGAGCCGGAAGCUCUGGGGAAUCUGGUGGAGGGCAUGGACUUUCACAAGUUCUACUUUGACAACUUGUUGAGUAAGAACAGCAAGCCGGUGCACACCACCAUCUUGAACCCUCACGUGCACCUGAUGGGCGAGGACGCGGCGUGCAUCGCGUACAUCCGCCUGACGCAGUACAUGGACGCGCAGGGCCGCCCGAGCUCCUGCCAGUCGGAGGAGACGCGCGUGUGGCAGCGCCGCGACGCCAAGUGGCUCAACGUCCACUUCCACUGCUCGGGAGCUCCCGCCGCGCCGCUGCAGUGAACCCCACGCGCGGUGAGCUCUGGCGGAACAAACUCGUCUUCAACUCUUCAAACCGUUCGGCGGAGCGUCGACUCUCCACCGUGCUUGCAAGCAUCCCGGCCUGGAACAAGAGGGUAACAACAUAUGAGCCCUGGGGGGCACCGAUACGACAAUGACAACAACGCUGUCAAAAGACACACCAAACAAACAAACAACACAUUAAAAGAUUAAAAAAAAAAAAACAAUCAUUAGCUUGACCGAAGGAGCAGGAGGCCCACCGACCGGCCGGUGCGGUUCCUCCGUGUUGAUGGAUGGUGCAUGUUUGCCGAGGUUGUGCGGGUUCGAUGCCGCAGCCCCGCUCCUGUCCACGCCAACCUCCCGUCGUCUUGUCGGCUUGCGCGUGCAUGCGCACACACACACGCACACACGUACGUGCACACACACGGAGAAUUGCGAAGCGCUAACAUUAAAUUUACAUGAAUGUCCAAUUUGGACAUUUUGUCACGUGUUACUUAUAGGGACUGUUUUUUAUUAUUAUGGCAAUGAUUAUUUUUUACUCUUUAUUAGUGUUUUUAAUGUAUUAUAUUAUAUUUUGGGGAAUUUUAUUUAAUGUAUGAAUGUAUAUUUAUAUGCGAGAUGUGUGUGUUUGUGUGUGGUAAGCAGUCUGAGCAUUUAUUUCAUAUCCUUGAUAUCCAGCUUAUGGUCCGUGUACUAGUACAUUCUUUUGCCUCUCAAGGGAGACAAUUUAGCUGCACUAGUAAAAUGACUGUUAUAGUAGUCACAUUUCUUUGCACUACUAGUACACAAACGUUACUAUUACCACUAUCAGGUCCAACUAGUAAGCAUGUGUCACGCACUAGUAGCCUCCUGGAACCUUCUAGUAGCACCAAAAUGCCCACUCGUAGUUUUGCCAAAGUUGUCCUACUUGUGUGCAGAAAUGUCACAAUAGUGGAAGGCGUGGGUGCAAAAAAAAAAAAAAAAGGUUACUAGUGCCCCCUAUUCGUUCUACUAGUGCGCUGAAUUGUCUUUAUGGAAAUCUGCUUGAGCAUGUAUUCAGUAAUCUCAGUAUCCAUCUUAAGUUCCACGUGCUAGUAUGCUUUUUGUCCUCACUAGUAACACAAUUCAGUGCACUAGUAGAACGACUAGGGCGCACUAGUGGUAAGUGUUUUUUUUCCACUACUAGUGCCACUUUUGACACAAGUAAACCUUACGAUUAAACGACUAUGCUGCACUAGUAACAGCACUAGUUGACAUGAGUCACAAAGUAGCCACUAGUAGCUACAUGGACCUCAAGGUGGAUAUCAAGGAUCUGGAAUAACUGCUCAAACGGCUAUUCCAGAUCCUUGAUAUCCAGCGCCCUGAACCGUCUUACUAACGAGGACUAAGAGUGUACUAGUACAAGGACCUCAAUGUGGAUAUCAAGGAUCUAGAAUACAUUUCUCAAAGGGUUUUCCGUGUAUUCGUGUGUGCGUGUUUAAGCAUGAUUCCACGUUUACUGGCCUGUACUGUUUCUCCGACUGUUGCUCCUCUUCCUCCCUGAUGAUCAUGAUGAUGAUGAUGAUGAUGAUGAUCGUCACCCACUCCCCCCCCACGUCUCGUUUUUUAUCGUCCAUCUCGGCUUGCCGUACUUGUGCGUUUCGCUUCAACAAGCAUGUCAGCUGAAACACGUGGCAAAACUAAAUAAAUAAAUACAAGGCAAGAUGCGUGGAAGAGUUGCGAGGGACCUUUCUUCUUUUGCUGAAGGCAAUCAGCCAGCAGGUCCUUUCUUUGUUGUAAAUGUCGUACUUGUUGUUUAGUGUUUUCAAUGUUUAUUUGAUUUGAUUAUUAUUUUUUUGAAUCAAAGUCAGAACUGGUUUGGGAAAAAAAGAGGGGUUAACAGUGUGAGACUGCUGCAACCCUUUGCUACUGUCACAACACAUGCGAGAGUCACACGAGCACAUGCAAUCAAACGUCGUCCCUUUAAGAGGAAACAUAUCACAAACACUUUUUGCACCGUCUUGGUCUAAUAUCUUGCCUCAGAAAUUAUGAUGGCAUUAGUCACACAAUUUAAUUUUAAUGAUGGCUUGUCAGCUGGUGAAAUGUAUUUUUUUUGUUUUUUUUUUUUGUUUUGCUGGAAUGGAUCAUUAAGAUUAAGUUGUUUUUUUUCCAUUUUUUUAUUGUAUUGGGUUUUUUUCUGUCCACCCCCCCCCCCCCCCCACUGUCUUCGACUACAAUGUUGAUUUUUAUUUUUUAAUUGAACAAUAUUAUAUUACUUUCUUUGCUUUUCCCCCACUAACAUUUAAACAAAUCUUUUUUUAACAAUAAUUUUAACAUCAGGCCUAUUUAUUAUUAUUUUUCAAAUUAUAAAAUAUUAAAACGUGAUUACUUUUAUUGAAUUUUAUUUUUUGUAUUAGUUUCCCCGCAACCUAAAAAAAUACAUUGUUGUACAUAGUGUUUAUGUAUUAUUAUUAAUGUUAUUUUUUUUGUCUGAUGAUUUUAACAUCGGGUCAAUAUGAGGCACGGCACAACAACAAAACGUGUCACACGUUUUGUUGUUGUUGUUGUUGUUUUAAAAUUUUGGGAGUCUUGUCCCAUCCAUUAGUUCACUGCAACUUUCAUUGUUUUCAAACUCACACCCAAGACAGGGUAUGAAUCCACUUUUGAGUCUUAAUGUUGUACAUGCGUGUCACGUGACCAAACAGGAAGUGAUUGCACCAACUACCUAAACUUUAUGCACAUUCAUUCACUGUGUAGCUUUUGCAUCGUAUGAAUAUUUGCUGUUUGAAGAGGAAAAACGUGUUACAAAGUUAUUGUCAAAGCCACAGCAACCGUACAUAAAUAUAAAAAAAUAUAUGCAGUUUUACAUUGAUGAUGAUGAUGAUGAAAUAUGCAUGUUUAUUGCUAGUCAUUUUUCACCUUUUACUGGAUGUACAAAUGAGAAUUACUCGUGUCACAGAGUAGAAGAAAGCCUUAUUAGCUUAUUGGUGAGACUGUUUCAAAAAAAAAAGAAGAAAGAAACAAGAAAAAGAACAAAGGAAAUAAUAAAAUAUAUGGUUGGAUGCCGGUUUUGUUUUUGCAUGAGUGUUGUAUUAAAUCAUGACAGUGGUACAUUUACAAAGCUGUUUGUGUGGAUGGUUAUUCUUCAUAGCUUGGUUAUUAUUGGAAUAUUGAAGUGUAUUUAAUAAAAAAAAGAAAAAAGAAAAAGCAUUUCAACAA